AUGCUCGCCAUUCUCCCCUUUUUCGCCCUCCUCCUCCCAGCUCUCGCCCUCCCCACUCCCAACAACGUCCCCGGCAACUCCACCAUCGCUCCCCCCCGCCUUGCUCGUAACAAUGUCCCCGGAAACUCCACCGUCGCGCCACCCCGCUUUGCUCGCAACAACGUCCCCGGGAAUUCCACCGUCGCCCCUCCUCGCGCGCGCAACAACGUCCCCGGAAACUCCACCACCGCCCCUCCCCGUCUCCGCUCUAGAUCCUCCGACGAUACUGACGCCACGUCCGCCAUCAUUCAAAUCAAUGUCCCCGCCUACACUUCCAUGCUCCCCGAUCCUUCCAACGCUUCUGCUGACGAUGCUGCUUUAGCCGGUCCCGGGACUAUCGGGAUCCAGGUAUGGGAGGGCGAUGUGGUAGAGUAUGAGUGGAAGAUACAGGAGAAGGCGGUGGAGGAUGAUGGGGAGGCUGUAGAUGCUUGGAGUCUACAGUGCAACCUUACUCUCAAUGAUACUCUCAAAUCGGAUGCCACAUUCGUCUUUUCCCUCAGUGCUGAUGCUCCCUAUCUGUCGGGCGACUCGGAGAAGGAAGUCCGCUUUGUAUGCUCUGAUGUGCAGUGCGUGAAAGAUGGUGGCUGCGCUGAUGACAGCUACGAUCCUUCCUUUGACUCUUCUGCAAGCUCCGAGUAA